CUAAUAAGAUUGCAUUAAAAUGAUUAAAAUCAAAUAAUGACUUUUUAGAAAUCAAAUAAUAUUAACAGAUUAGCGGCUUGCUAGAGGAAAUGCUCCUGUACCGACCCAAAGCGUCCCCUUAUCAGCGGAAGUGAGCGUGAAGCAGAUAUGAAACUCUAUAAAUGUUUUUGGACCGAACUUCGUUUGUUCUGGUCUGGUUCGCCUGCGGUUCUCCUGUCAGAACCGAACACUCACCAUCUCUGAACUCUGGUUUCUAACCAGGCCGGUCUUCCCCACUCGAGCACCUUCAUCUGAGCGACUAAAUGAAACUGGAGCAGGGGGCUUGUGGGCAUGAAGUGGCUGGGCGAAUCCAAGAACAUGGUAUUAAAUGGCAGACGCCACGGGAACAAGUUGACCAGCAGCGAUCAACCGGUGAGCCAGACUCGCUCCCAGCAACCGCAGCGGACGUCGCUGCGCCACAGCAGGAGCCACCCACGCAGCCGCAGAUGCAGCCGCAGGUGUAAUGGCGCCAGCCUGGAGGCGGAGCGGCGCUACGUGCCGUCGUCAGGGAUGACCGCCAAGGAGCUGUGUGAGAACGAUGACCUGACCACCAGCCUCAUCCUGGACCCCUACCUGGGCUUCCAGACACACAAGAUGAACACCAGAUUCCGACCAAUCAAAGGACGGCAGGAGGAGCUGAAGGAAAUCAUCGAGCGCUUUAAGAAACACGACAACAUGGAGAGGGCCUACAAGGCGCUGACGACGGGAGACUGGUGCCGGAACCUGUUCCUGCACAAGUCCAAGGCUCAGGAGAAGCUCUUCAAGCAGCACGUGUUCGUCUACCUGCGGAUAUUCACGGCAGACAGCGGCUUCGAGAUUCUGCCCUGUAAUCGCUAUUCAUCGGAGCAGAACGGAGCCAAAAUCGUGGCUACGAAGGAAUGGAAGAGGAACGAUAAGAUCGAGUUCCUGGUGGGCUGCAUCGCCGAGCUGUCGGAGAGCGAGGAGAACAUGCUGCUGCGCCACGGAGAGAACGACUUCAGCGUCAUGUACUCCACCAGGAAGAACUGCGCCCAGCUGUGGCUCGGCCCGGCCGCCUUCAUCAACCACGACUGCCGGCCGAACUGUAAGUUUGUGUCGACGGGCCGAGACACGGCCUGCGUCAAGGUCCUGAGGGACAUCGAGCCCGGGGAGGAGAUCUCCUGUUACUAUGGAGACGGCUUCUUUGGGGAAAGCAAUGAGUUUUGUGAAUGUUAUACGUGUGAAAGACGGGGAACCGGUGCUUUCAAAUCCAAAGCCGGGCUGCCGGCGGAGGUUCCGGUCAUCAACAGCAAGUACGGGCUGCGGGAGACGGACAAGCGGCUCAACCGGCUGAAGAAACUCGGAGAAGGGAACAGGAGCUCGGACAGCCACUCUGUGGGAUCCCACACCGACGUCGACUCUCAGGAAAUGCCAAAAACACAUCAAUCUGCCAGAACCAGAACUUCAUCUUCAUCGUCUUCAUCGCCGGGCCUGAAGUACCGGACCCGGACCCCGAGCAGACAGACUGUGUCCCGAGCCGUCUCUACCUCAUGUUCCAAACCGGCUCCAGGAAACAGCAGCAGGGAACCAAAGAGACUUCGCUCCCAGUCCAAACCUCCCAGCAAGGUGCGGCUGCGCAGCCGCAGGCGGGCGGCAGCGGCCCGCGCAGACGCCGUCCCGCUGGGCCUCAGGGACUCCAAGGUGCUGCCGUGUAAGAGCAUCGUCACCGUGAAGAAGGAGAAGGACGGUCUGGAGGUGGCACCGCUUGGCCCAAGGGGCUGCCUGACCCGACACGCCGCCAAGGAGAACGGCGGCCUUCCCGACGGAGGCCACGGCUCCGCCUACAGGACUCGCAGGUCCACGCGGACCCUGAAGGCCCCGGAGCCCACACCGGGCGCCAAGCUGGAGCCCGGCGCCAUGGACGGGCUCAGCCCGGUACCGGGCGGCGUGGUCAUCAAAACAGAGCCGGCGGACAUGGACGAGUACCUGCAGCACGGCGGCGGCCUGUCGCAGCCGCCGGUGCUAGGCGGCUACGGACGGAGGAGCUCGUGUUCAGGCCGGAAGCGGCCGUCCCGGCUCCGGACUGAGCGGACCAUCAAAUGCGAAGGCUCCGACUGUGAGCCGUUUGCUGCGGGGCGUGAUGGCGGGAACGUGUUGCUGAGCUUCGCCGACAGACACCGGGACUACAACGGCGUGGCCAACGGCGGCAAAUCCCUCCGCCGCGAUAAGAGCAAGAGCGGCUGCCGCUCACAAGACAAGGCCAAGAAGAAGCGGCGCAUCACGCGCUACGACGCGCAGCUAAUCCUGGAGAACAGCGGCGGCAUUCCCAAGCUGACGCUCCGCCGGCGGAGGGACAGCAGCAGCAGCAAGACGGCUGACGGCGCCGACGCCGUGGCCUCCUCCACGCUCAGCCCCACCUCCUCUAGCAAGAUCAGCAUCAAGUUCAGCAAGGAGCACGACAAGGACAAGGCCGGCUCCUACAUCGCCAAGCUCAACAACGGCUUCGCGCCCGUUGUCCAUGGCAACGCCACCAAGCUGAAGAUCCAGCUGAGGAAGGAGGACGACGCCCGGCGGCUCCAGGCCAACGGGGAUGCGGCCAGCGGCGUCCAUCGCACCCAGAAGGUCCUGGCCGACCCUUCCUCUGACGAGGAUGACGACGAUGACGAUGAUGAUGAUGAGGAGGAGGAAGAGGAGGAGGAGGAGGAGGAAGACGACUACUUCCACAACGACUUCGAGGACGACUUCAUUCCACUUCCUCCGGCGAAGCGUCUGCGGCUGAUCGUGGGGAAAGACUCCAUCGACAUCGAUAUCUCCUCCAGGAGGAGGGAGGAUCAGUCUCUGCGGCUCAACGCCUGAAGCUUCUGUAAAUACCGCCGCCGCCGCUGAUGAUGGACAGGAAGUGACGUGGAACUCGAAUCACCACGGAGCGGACCCGGGUGCUGUUGACCUGCGGCAAAGCUCUGCUCUCCGCUGAACUUCCAGUCGGACCGGAUCCGGUCCAGGAUCCAGCCGAGUCUCCAGUGGAAACGGGCUUUGUUUUGAGUUGUACUGUUCCUUUAAGAGAAUGCACUUGUUGUUUCAUCAUGGACGUGUAGAAAGUGUACAGAUCAUGGCUUCUGUCUCCAGGCAGGUUUUUGCUCUGUGUCCGCGCUCAGAGCCGUUUAUCCAGAGGCAUUAGAGCCGCUCCGCCGCCAGGUCCGCUUCCGGUUCUGCUGCCGGUUCUGCUGGGCGUCCGCCGAUCAGCAGCCAGGGCCCCACAGCCAAUCAUGUUCCUGAAUGAAUCACAGCUUUAGGUCGGGCUGAGUCCAAACAGCUGCUGAUUUUUCCUGAUUUCUGGAAUUCAGUCAUAAAAAACCAUCCGGAUCUUCAGGAAAACGUCACAAUAAGCUAAUAUAAAAAAACCAAUAUGGAGUCAGCUUCCCAGAAAGCUGCGCUGUCCCUUUAAGAGGAGCAGAAUGGAUUUAAACUGCUUCAGCCUGGAAAAAUUCGAUUUUCCAGAUAAAAACGGAAACGGCGUAUCCAUCUUCAUUUUUCCAGACAUUAUUCCGGAUCAUUUUCCAAACAGAUCAGGAAUCUGGGUUUCAGUUUUCAUUUUUUAAACUGAUUGUUGAAGUUCAGAUCCAAUAUCCUGACAUCCAGUUCGGACCAGAAAACACGUCAGGCUUUUCCAAACUCUCAUUCCCAAAUCCUUCCUCCUAUCUGCUUCUUUUUUACUUCCAAGUUGAAAUGUUUAUUUCGGAACGGAUCCGGUUCCCUCUGGAUCUGCUUCAUUACAAAUCUGUUUCCAGAAAAGUUUCUGGAUUCUGAAGUGAUUCUAAAACAAAUCCUGGAAUUGUGAGUUUGGAAACUCUGGAACGGUAAAUGUGGAUUCCUGGUUUGAAUCAAUGAACAUUUGGACCUGACCAGGAUAAACUCGACCCGGUUCUGCUUGUGGUUCUGAUUUCCCAAUGGUAUUCCAGAUUUUUAAUCCCAGAUUGGGAAUCAGGUUCCGGCCCGGUUCCCUGACCUGGAAUCUGAUGGUAUUCCCUGCAGGAAAGCUGCUCAGCUCUGCAGCCUUUCAGAAUUAAAGCACAGGCCUCCUCUUCCUCCUCGCAUCACAGCAGAACUGGAACCAGAACUUGGCAGCAGAAUCCGGCUGGGCUGACGUUCCGACCUGAAGCUGAUGUACAGAAGGACCUCUGACCUCUCCCCUCAGCUGAGUUUUCCCGCUCCUCUCCCAGUUUCCCAUGAUUCUCGGCGUCGCUGACACUACAGCCUGUCUCUCUUCUUCUGUGGUGCUACUCAGACUUCCUGUCCAGAGUCGCAGGAAGACGGCGGCAGGAAGUGUUUGUUUGUUUACAGGAAGUUGUUUUCAGCUUCUCUGAGGAAGACUUCCUCCUCCUCUUCCUCCUCUGAGGUCAGCUCAGAGAUCCCUGAUCCCUGAUUGGUUGUCGCCCCAUUCCUCCUCCGUCUGUCUGAGCAGGAUCAGCUGGGAACGUCGACCCGUUUCUGUGUUACCGUUCACAUCACCAGCAGCCAAUCAGCGUCUUGUCCCGCCCCCGUCGGCCAAUCAGCCGUCUCCCUCCUCUCUCACUGUAAACUCUUCCAGGUGCGGCCGCCAGCUUCCAGCGGCCUGAGGCGGAGGGCGGAGCGUUGCCGAGCGCUAGCAGAACUAAAGCAGGCAGAUAUUGUCCAAUAUGUAAAUCAUGUGAACACAUCUUGUACUUAUUUAACAGUUUUGAAUACUUGAAAACUAUAUAAAGUUUCUUUGUGACUCUUG